GUGAAAAUAAGAAAAGAGUUGCGAAUUUUACGACUGCCGAAACGGAACUUUUAACGACGUUAGUAAAAAGAUAUUCGAAUGUGUUAGAAAACAAAACAACAAACGUUGUAAACAAUCAAUUAAAAGAAGGAACAUGGAAAAAGCUCGCAGAAGAUUUCAAUAGCUCUUCUGGAAUGUGCCUAAGAGACGCGAAAACUCUGCGGGCUAAAUACGAAAAUUUAAAAAAGACCUUAAAACGAAAAUAUAGUAACCAUAAAAGAAGCCUUUAUUGCACUGGAGGUGGCCCUGGACCAUCGCAGGCUUUAAAUCUAACUCAGGAAGAGGAAAUAAUAAUGGAGCUUGCUGGGCCAAGUGUGGAAGGAUUGUCUCCACGAUUUGAUUGUGAUAAGAUACCAGAAUGUAAAGAAACAAUUAUAAAACUUCCAGUGAGUAGUGAAGUAGAAGAUAAUCCCGGAAAGGAAAAUAGUCUACCGACUGAUGACUGCAGUGUGAACAUGAUGGACAAAUUUAAGUUGCACAGCCAAGACACAGCUCCAGUUUCUAUCAGUUAUUCAGAAUGUACCCCCAAUCGAUUUAUUCUGAAAAAAAAACAGUCAACACCGUUACGAAGAAAUCCAGAGAGUUUGAAGAGCACAAUGGAAAAUUAUGGUGACUUGUCACAAAAAAAAAAGGAUCUAGCUAUUGCUCAACUAAAACACUUGGAAGAAAAAGCAAAACAAGAUAAAAUAGAACAUGAACUUAGAUGUGAACAAAUAAGGGACAAAGCCCAACAGGAAAAAAAAGAACAUGAAUUGAGAUGCGACUUGUUAAUGUUAGAAAUAUUGUUGAAGAAAAAGGAAUUAAAUAAAUAAAAAAUAAACACUA